GCAUGAUGCAUAUGAGUCGGUGCAGUCACAAGAAGUCACCCACAACACACAGUCACACACACACAGAGAGACAGACAGAGAGAUCUCAGAGUCCAUUGCGCACAUGGCUACGCCUCCCUGUGUGUGGUCGGCUGUAAAGAAACGACUCUUCUGUAUGUGAUUGAGGCCUGCACUGACAGACAGAAGGCUUAUCGAUGGAUGGUGUGGAUGUGCGGAGACGAUGGUGUGCGGUGCGGAGGCUGUGUGUUAGUGUAUGUGCAUCUGACUGAUGUAUGGACUCAUCAGCAUCAGUAAGUACCAUUGACUGACACACACAGAAAUCACGCCGUGCAUCACCGAACAUGAGCAGGAGGCCGCCAAGGUUCUAAGAAAGGGGCCCAUAUGCAACAACCAGUCGAGAGGAAAAACCCAUCGCCGAUCUGUCUGUCUGUCUGUCUGUCUCAGUCUCUGGCUUAAGUGUGCAUAUCCGACACAUCGCUCUCUCCUGGGCCUCAAACCGUCCCCCGUCUCGUAGCCGGUGAGCACCUCCUGCGUCAACAGGUGACGUCAUCGAUCACUCUUCAUCAACAGACAAACGACCCUCCCCGCCCGACGCCCUCACGACUCCCGAGGCAGGCAGGGCCGCGAUGUCGUCGCUGGGAGGGCUUGAGGCCACUCGGCGAUGUGGGUCGUUGGUGUGGGUGUCGGCUGGUUGAUGUGACGGCGAAGAGCAUCACGGCAGAGGCGGAAGAGGCAAACUAGCUGCCGGCGAGAACAAGGCCACCGCAGGCAGGGAGGCAGCACGGACAGCAGCAACAGAUGGCUGGAUGGGUAGACACAGAAGAGACAGCGUCAGCAGCAGGCAGGCAGGCCGGCUUCACAAUGAAGAAAAGGCGGAGUGGCCUUCUUGUAGAGUAGGCAGUAGGCCUUAGUCCGCCGCACAUCGUCUGCACCCACCCAUGCGCACAUACAUUUGUGCAAUCGAUGUUUGCCUCAUACCAGUUGACACCAAAUGGACUCGAUCGUCGUCAAAGCAAUACCACUGCGCACACAGCACAUAGAUAUUUCCGUCCGAGACACAUGUGUGUGCACAUAAUGACAUACAUACCCUCCCGUCGCGGAGGACGUAGGCCAUGUAAUGGCCUGCCUGGUGCUGGCCUGCACGAAUGAAUGAAGUGGGACAAUCAAUGCUCAGACAUGACAUAAAUGUGGCGUGGAUGCGGUGUGCGUAAGUGAAGUACCGAUGUGCCUCACGAGCCCCAAAAGGUCAUAUUCAGCGCCGCAGAAGAACCUGCACCGACCCAUGUACGCAACGUCGUUUGGGUGUGGUGUGUGCAGAUCGUUCGUUCUUUCCUCGGCCGGCCGAUCUACUAACCUUGUGGCAAGCUCAUUCUCGAGUCGCAUCGGGAAGUCCAGCGGCGUGUGGACUUUGGACAGAGACGAGGAGAAUCUACACACACACACGUGGAUGGAUGGCUGGAGGCAGAUUGUAUGAGGUACCGUUUGAUGUGCAAGAAGAGCAUCUCCGGCGCAUGAGUGACCGACAGCUGCUUGGUCGCCUGUGUGGAGCACAGCACACACACGUUCGAGGUCAUGUGUGCGUCAGUCAGUCGAUCGUGUGUGUCAUUCAUUAGUGCCUUCUAAACGCACCCGCCUCUUUUCCUUGCAGGACACACAAAAACACUCCUGAUGACCGGCCGGGUUGGUUGAUCGAGACACACAGACAGACUUGUACUCUGUUUACCUCUUUCCCUUCGAGCGUCUCUUGCGCGAAGUAGCUCUCCACACACGAAAAGAGCGACACAGUCUGCGACGACUGAACACACACACACACACACACACACGGAACAGGAAAACAAAUCCACACACGAAGACGCUCACUCGUGGACAGACACCCAUCCACCGACCCGUGCCAGUGGCAGCGAGAGGUCGAGAAAGGGCUCGAAUGUGUCGCUGAAUCUCCCACACACCGUGCACUUGACGCGCGAAUGCAGCUGCACAAACAAACAGAGACACACAAAGACACACAUGGGUGGGUGCCUGGGUGUGUGUGGGUAGGUCAGCCUGUAGAUACGUACCUGCCCCAUGGACAGCUCGUUGACGAGAGUGCGCAUAUGCAUGCUGUCGCCGUUGAGGUAAUACAUCCACCACGUGUGUGCCGCCUGCAUUGCGUACACACAGUACUUACUCUUUGUAUACACACAUGUGCGCGUUUGGUCGUGUCUCGAUGGAUGGGCACCCAACCUGUUCCACAGAGGCGAAGCCCUGCUGCAGGCCGCGCUCGAGCUCGCUUUGGCACGUCAGGCAAGGCGGACCCAGGGCCUGUGUGGACACACGCACACGUGCACAGACAGUCAGUGUGUGUGUGUGUGCAAUUCAAUGCCCACCUUCUUUAGGCCUUCGUGCAGCUGGUCGAGAAGCACACGGACGCACUCAUGAGCAUCUGCACACAAACAGACAGACAGACAGACAAACAGACCGACAGAGAGACAGACGUCAAUGGCUUACUGACUGACUGCAUGUCUCUCUCCGCAUAUAUUCACGUGCACACGCUUUUAGAUAUACCUUGUUGGUUGGCGUCGAAGAGAUAAGGCGCGACCGAGCGCAGUUUGGCAUGCAAUCCUGCACACAGACAGACAGACAGACAGACGCAUCUGUAUGUGUGUGUGUGUGCGUGAUUCACGGCGUGUGCGAGGGCGUAUACGUACCCGUGCACUCGAAAGCCGGAUGGGGCCGCGGAAUUCGACUUAGGUCGUUGAGGACCUUGGCGAAGCUGCGUGUGAGCUUUGGCGAGUUAGUUGUAACCCUUUACACACACAGAGGGAUCGCACGAUGAGCUCCGUUUGAGUGUGCAUGGCAUGCGCCGCGCCCACAAUCUCUUUGUCUAUUGUGCACACGUACUUACUUGUCCCGGAGACCGUUGGCAAACGAGGGAAUGCCGGCGAAGCACUGCAUACACGCACACCAUAACGACACACACACACACACACACACUCCUUCACAAAGACAUACGUAGGUACUUACCUGCAGUGAUGCGUUCAAGAAGCAUGUGUUGUUGAGAUUGACGAGACCGGCGGGCAGACGCGAGGACCCUGCCAGCGUCCACACACACAGACAAAUCGGAUCCAGCCUCCAAUCCGCACUGUAUCGAUACCUGCGCACCCGGCGACUGUGGUGGCGAGGCUGGUGGUGAAGUGGGCGGCAAGCUCGGCGACUGAGUGCUUGCCCUGGUGCUGCAGCCACAUACACCAACACCAGACAGACAGACAGACAGACGGACGGGCGGGAGACGCCAUCAAUGGUAUCGGUAUAAGGCAGCGACCUCGGCUUACGAGGCGCUGCUCGGAGACACUGCUUCGGUGCUUGACCUCUUUGACGUGGGGCCUGUGAGAGCGACACAGACACGACCAGCUGAUGACUAACUUGGGACAUGUAUGUAUUGUCCUGUACUUGAAGCCUUCUUCAACGCAUCAUCUACGCCAAGACUCACGAGCCGAAACAGAUAAUCUCGCUGGUGGAGAUCGGCGGGUCGUAGGACAGCCCCGUCGAAGAUGAAAUAGAUUCCCGGCUCGCGAAGGACAUAGUUGCAGCCUGCACACGCAAAAGAAGGACGUGACACCCACAAACAGAGAAAGAAAGAAAGAAAGUAUUCAAGUUCGUCUUCAUUCUUCAUCCCACCUCCAAAGGCAUGGUCCCAGCAGCCCUCUCCGUCAUUAAAGACAAACUCGAGGCCCUGAAUGAAAGCAAAUCAAGCCGAUCUAUCAGACGAAUGAUGCAUGUCUCUCCGUGUGAUGUCCAGCUUACGUGUGACGGCACGGCCGCAUGGAAUACCCCGUCGGCACCAAACUUCGCACACCGGAAGCCGGGAGAUGUUGUCCAGCCGCCCUUGGGCUGGUUGAAGUGGAUGUGUGGUGUGGUCCAGCCGGUGAAGUAGAUGAUGUGCGUCCCUUUCGCAAGCCGCGCCGCCUGGUCGAUGCCAUACAGUAGAUCUGAGGAAGAAAGGGAGGUCAGAUUGCGACAGAUUCCUCUUAUGUGUUCAUUCUACGGCUCUCUUACCAACAACACCGACAUUACUCCAGUGCUUGAGUCUCCGUAGCUGUCCAUCUCGCAACAGGUACACUCCCUUCUCGUCGAUCUUGUAAUUUCCUGAAAAGACAAAAGAAAGGAAGAGACGCACGAUAUCGAUUUCAACAGAGGCCCGCACUAUCCCUCCCAAGCGCUCACUGUUUUCACCACCCGGCUUGUUGUCCCAAUUCGUGUGACUCUUUUCACACACGACCAACUCGGUACUAGAGUCGGUAGCCUGCAUGCAUCGCAUACACCAAACAAAACACACAUCAAGCCAUAUUCCCGUGUCUUAACUUACCCGCUGUUCGAUAUCGAUGUGGAUAUACCACAUGUCUCCGCCCAACGCGACGCACUCCUCGUCGCUCCAGCGGCCCUUGUCGUUCCUGAAGUGGCACACGGGGGGGUGCCACCCCGACGAGUACAACUGAAAACAACCAACACAUUCAGACAGAUGGCUCAGCCAGUCUCCUCAUUUCCCCCAUGAGCUUACGAGAUGGAUCCCGGGGCUCUCGAAUUCCACCUGCAUGCAGAACACAUCGAAACACGGUUUCAUCUGGUCAUUUCCGUCCCCCCUCGCUAGGACAGGUCACCUCAUCGUCGUCGUAGUCGCUCUCGUCGCUGCGGAAGGUUUUAAUGUCGCGCCAGACGUUGUGAGGCACGAGGGAGCCCAGCUGGGACAGUGUGCGGUUUCUGUGGUCUUCCAGAAGGGCGGCGACAUCGUCCCGGCUAAUGAAGCUGGCGAGGCCUGGCAUCUCCAUCGCGGGAGGAAUCAUG